AUGUUUUUGAAUACGCUCUGUUUGAAUGAAUGGAUGGUGAGGAAUUGGAUAAACUCUUCAAUUAAUGGAUUACCUCAAUCAACAAAGAAUAUAAAGAAUAAUAAUUUACAAAACAAUCUAAAUUUGGAAUUUGAUAAUGAAGAGGAAAUUGAAGAACCUAUACCACGAGUAUCAGUGUCUGUACGACAUAAUCAUCUCAUAUCUUGGUUUGGGUCUUUGCCGAAAAUGCCCAGUCAUUAUUGUCGAAAGAGGUCUGAGAGACUAUACCUUGAGGGUCCGUUUAAUAGCAAACAAGAAGUUUAUGAUGUAUAUUUGUUGAAAUGUAAAGAAGAGAAUAUGAAACCAUUAAGUAGAAGUUUUUUCUCCAGAUUUAUGACACAAAAAAAAUUUUCCAUAUACCAACCUAGAAAAGAUUUAUGUGAUACCUGCUCAAGUUAUAAAGUCAAACAAGUAAAUGAAGAAAACUAUCAGCUACAUAUUGCUCAAAAAAAUCAAGCCCGAGAAGAGCUUAAAGUUGAUACGCUUGAUGCAGUUGCUUUCAAAAAAAUAGUCUUGACAAUGGAUUUACAAGCUGUGAAACUAUGCCCUGCGCUGAAUGCUAGUGCCUUAUAUUACAGCAUGAAACUUAAAGUACACAAUUUUACAGUCUAUAAUUUAGAACCUAACCACCCUUGUUCUAAUUAUUGGUGGGAUGAAAGUCAAGGGGAACUCGAAGCAUCGGUAUUUACAUCAAUUAUAUUGAAUCAUAUUAAACAACAAUGCAUAGAUGAGACUCAAAAUAAAAAAAAAGACAUUAUUAUAUACUCGGACGGUUGUGGGUAUCAAAACCGCAACACGGUAUUGUCCAAUGCGUUACUUAAAUUUUCUAUAGAAAAUAAUGUUAUUAUAGAACAAAAGUUCCUUGUCAAAGGACAUACACAAAUGCCAUGCGACAGUGUACAUAGUUCAAUCGAACGUACAAUAAAAAACAAAGAAAUCUAUUUGCCAUCUGACUACAUGAAACUAACAAAACUAGCAAGGAAAAAUCCAUCACCCUAUGAAUCCCACUCUGUUAACUAUUCAGAUUUCUAUGACUACAAAAAAUUGAAUUAUUAUAAGUCUAUACGACCUGGGCGAUCAAAGGGUGACCCUGAAGUUCGAAAUAUAAGAGCUCUUAAAUAUGAUCCCACAACCAAAAAAAUAUAUUACAAAAUAAAUUUUGAACAUGAAUAUACAGAAUUACCCCAGUACCAUCGAACAAAAAAAACUAUAGAUCUGUCCAUCAACACACCUUGUUUGUAUAAUAGCAGAAUUCCUAUUACUCUUUCCAAGUGGAAUGAUCUCCAAAAAUUAAAAACUGUUCUGCCAACUGAUGUCCACGAUUAUUAUGACAAUAUACCUCACUUAAAGACUUAUAAAGAAAGAAAAUGUGAUAAAAUUUAG